UGAACCCAGGACUUUCACACAGGGCAACAAUACCAGCACCACUACGAUACUUUAUUUUGAUUUUGAGACAGGCUCAUUAAGUCACUAAAUUUUCCAGGCUGUGCUCAAACUUUUGACCUGAGUUGCUUGGGCUUGUGGGAGUCAGGCAGGUCCCUGGGGUCCCACAACUGGGGCUCUGCUCAUCACACCCCACCCAUGGGAAGAAGAUGCCUUUGUUAAAUUAGCAUCACUGUCCUUUCAGUUUGGGGUCUCUGGGAUAGGGUAAUGGUCACUCAUAGGCUGCCUCUGAGUGGUGGUGUUUUGCCUGACCCACCUACCCCUCAUCACUCAGUGAUGGCUUUGUGGUGCUACGCCUGUCAUGAACCCACAAGUGUAUCCAGCUGCAUCACCAUCACCGAAUACAAUGCCAAUGAAACCUUGUGCAAGACCAUACUCUACACCCUGGAGAUCUUGUACCCCUUCCUGGGAGACUCCACAGUGACCAAAUCCUGCUCCAGCAAGUGUGAGACUUUAGAUAUAAAUGGCAUUGGCCAGACCACUUCCAUUUCUUGCUGCAAUGCUGACCUGUGCAACAUGGACAGGGCACUUGCCCUGGGUGGUACCCACAGCCUGGCCCUUGCCCACCUUGUGGACUUUGAACGCUAAACCAGCUGACCUUACUUCUUUCUAUCGCACUCCCAAGG